GAGAGUCUGUCUCAUCCACGUCUUCAAGGACCCCUCGUGGCUCCAUGAUCCAGUGUCCCAUCCCAUCCCAUAACCCAACACCCCCACAUAAACUAACCCCAUUCUUUAAACAAGGACCUCAGGCUUUCAGCAGGUACAGUCUAGGGUCCAGGGACAGGCAUGGCUGAUAAACUCGGAGCGGCAGGUGCGGCAGAUGAGCCCAGCACCCUGAACAUCUUCUCUCUGCUGGAGAGGGUGUCUGGAAUCAUAGACAACGUACAGGCGUGCCAGCAACGUAUGGAGGAGAGACAGCUGGAGCUAGAGAAAACUGUGAAGACCAUCCAGACGGACGUCGUGAAGCUGACGAAGGAGCACACGGCCACGAGCACCAGCGUGGAGAAACUUUUGGAGAAAACGCGCAAGGUCAGCUGCCACGUCAAGGACGUCCGUGUCCGCGUGGAGAAGCAGAACAUUCGGGUUAAGAAAGUGGAGGAGACGCAGGUCGAGUUGCUGAACAAGAACAAGUUCCGUGUGGUCAUCUAUCAGGGAGAUAAUGAGGUCCCAGCUGUAGCCGCCCCCAAAGCAUCUCCAAAGGGCGCCUCCGGCGGAGACAUCUCUGUGGACCCAGACACAUUAGAGAUCCCACUCCCCGACUCCGAUGAGGAAUACAUGGUCGUCGAGGAGGCCCACGACUCCACCGCCACCAGACUAAAGAAGACCGGCCUGAAGCGCAUCGAAAGCCUGAAGCAAACCUUCUCGAGAGAGAACAUGACCAAGACCAAGGAUAACCUGGGUACUAAGGUCAACAAGCUGGGCGAGCGCAUGGUGCCGACCGAACGUCGUGAGAAAAUCCGCCAGUCGGGCGAACGGCUGAAAGAAACCAUCACCAAGACCGUGCCGGCAAAGCUGAACCUGAAAAAAGAGCGGACGGUGGCCGAAGGUCAGGAAGGAGCAGAGGGGACCACAGAAGGAACAGCACCUGUCCCGCCACCGAAGGGUCGGAAGGCCAGUCCUAACUUGGCCUACACGGAGCCGGCAGUGAAAGAUGGUGCGGGCGAGGGUAAGGGCGAGGAAGCGGAAGUGCCGAUGUACGAUAUGAAACAGCUUUCUUAAGCAGCGAGUGAGACUGAGAAAAACAAAUCACAUUUUGUGAAAGACUGAUGUGUAGAUAUUUGAUGAUGAAGAACUUGAAGGUGAAAUGACAGGGCCGGUUUGGAGACCGUGCUGUUGGACAAACAGUGGACGAAUUGAGAAAGUUGAACACUACACACAAUAUAUAUUUUUCUUUGGAUUUUCUUGUUUACAGUUAUUAUGGACUCUGAAAAAUGGAAGAAUUGUGGAUGUCUCACCAAAGUAAUAAAAUAAAUAGCGAAUGGUUUUUAAUUUUACAGGUGAACUUUGUAUUUUUUGUUUUGCUGGUCACUUGAUAUCAACAUAGAGAAAAUGUAUAGAAAACAAAGCGUUUUAGAUAACUUUUUUGAUAUGGUAAAAAUAUUUAGUGCACAUUUUAGGAAUGAACAUAGUAAGACAGUUGGUGUAUACUGGACUUAAUAUGGAGAACUUCUAAUAUGUUCUGAUAUAUAUAUAUAUAUAUAUAUAUAUAUAUAUAUUCUAGUGUCGAUUGACAUUCAGCAUGAGCUGUCAAUGAUAAAUGAUGUAAUUUUAUUUUUAAUUUAGACGUUGUAGUUGAUUUGUGGAUUAUUUAGUAUGCAUUGAUGGGGAUAACAAGCCGUUUUCAUCAACUUUUGCAAUCUAACUUUGAUGAUCAAUCAUCACUAUUUAGCUUAAAUAAAUUAAAUGUAAACACGU